GUAAGGGUUUACUCUUAUCGUCUAAUUCCGAGUUCUCUAGUCGGCUUCUUGACUUCUAUAGCUAAAGAAAGGAAAGUAAUAAAAAGUAAUGCUCAUAUAAUCAACUACUUAACGAGUGGACUGCAAAUGGUCGAAAUACCAACAACAGAUAAGUUAUGUGAUCUCAAGGGCCAAUGGAAACAACCUGAUAUAUUUAUCGGCGUUAACUACUGCUUCAAGUUUAUUUGGCUGAAGAAGAGUCAACAAUUAAAUUCCAAAAUUUCUCUCUUCCAUAUCAACGUCAGCGUUAUGAUAGGUAGAUGUGGAGAUAUCGAACCUGCAUGA